GGACUAAGAUGAGACAGCAGUAAAAGUACCAGACAACAAAGCGACAAGAAGAUUGUAACUCCCAUUCCAGGCUGUAGGAAGCUGGGCGAACUGAAGUGGAAACCUUCUCAAUUGUUAGGAAUUUUCUUUUCUCCUGAAGCCAGGGACACUUAAAAUUGCUCGUUCAAGCAAAUCCAAAUAACUGAAUGUGGCUACAGAUGAUGCCGGAGAGACCGAACAGAAACCUGACGGAAAGCUAAAGCAAUGGCAUGGGGCUUCGAACCCGCUCCGGCGCCGCGGCAGGAGGGAGGAGGGAGUUGGGUCCAGGCGGAGCAUCCUGCGUUGCCAUGGCAACGCCGGGAGCCGCAAACAGCUGGGAGAGGCCGAGGACAGGCGGCUGGAGUGGACUCUGCAGACGGUGCGGCUGGGGACGCCGGCGGCGACAGCAGCGGUGACCCUGCCCUGGGCCAUCGUCACCGCGCCCCAGUCCCGCGGAGCGCCGCCGUCAGGGCCAUGGAGAAGCUGCAAAGACUGAAGGAAGAGAAGGAAGCCAAGCGGGCUCAUUUGGACGGAAGACAUGACUACUUAUUCGCCAUCGUGGCUUCCUGUUUGGACCUGAACAGAAGUGAAGUGGAAGACGCGCUUCUUGAGGGGAAUCAGAUUGAACGAAUUGAUCAACUUUUUGUUGCUGGAGGUCUCCGUCACGUUAUGUUUUACUAUCAGGAUGUGGAGGUAGCAGAAACAGGACACUUUGGCUCUCCAGGAGGGGUAAAUCCUGUGCCUGGAAAGAUUAAGAAACCGAAGGUGUUUGUGACUGAGGGAAAAGAUGUUGCUCUUACAGGAGUCUGUGUGUUUUUCAUUCGGACUGAUUCGUCCAAAGCCAUCACACCUGAGAACAUCCACCGAGAGGUGAGCUUUAACAUGUUAGAUACUGCAGAUGGGGGCCUGCUGAAUAGUGUGCGACGUUUGCUUUCGGACAUCUUCAUUCCUGCUCUCAGGGCCUCGAGUCAUGGCUGGGGUGAGCUUGAGGGCCUUCAGGAUGCACCAAGCAUUCGUCAGGAGUUCCUGAGCUCUCUGGAAGGCUUCGUGAGUGUCCUGUCUGGUGCACAGGAGAGUUUGAAGGAGAAGGUAAACCUUCAAAAGUGUGAUGUGUUUGAACUGAAAACCCUGAAGGAACCCAUGGACUACUUGACUUUAGCUAGUAACCCUGAGACUUUGGAAAAAGUGGAAGGGUGUAUGAAAGUGUGGAUCAAACAGACAGAACAGGUCCUUGCCGAAAACAGUCAGCUGCGGAGGGAAGCAGAUGAUGUUGGGCCCCGAGCUGAGCUGGAGCACUGGAAGAAAAGACUUUCCAAGUUUAACUACCUGUUGGAUCAGUUGAAAAGCCCUGACGUGAGGGCUGUGUUGGCGGUGCUCGCUGCUGCUAAAUCCAAGCUUCUGAAGACUUGGCGGGAGACGGAUAUUCGAAUCACUGAUGCUGCUAAUGAAGCGAAGGACAACGUCAAAUAUUUGUACACGCUGGAGAAGUGCUGCGACCCGCUGUACAGCAGCGAUCCCAUAGCCAUGAUUGAUGCUAUUCCUACACUUAUAAGCGCAAUUAAAAUGAUCUACAGUAUCUCUCAUUACUAUAACACCUCAGAGAGGAUUACAUCUCUCUUUGUAAAGGUGACAAAUCAGAUGAUAUCUGCAUGUAAAGCAUGCAUUACCAACAACGGAACUGCCUCCAUAUGGAACCAGCCACAGGAUGUUGUUAUGGAAAAAAUAUUAUCUGCGAUUAAACUCAAGGAGGAAUAUCAGCACUGCUUUCACAAGACUAAACAAAGACUCAAACAAAAUCCAAGUGAGAAACAAUUUGAGUUCAGUGAGAUGUAUAUUUUUGGCAAAUUUGAAACUUUCCACCGACGCCUUGCCAAGAUAAUGGACAUCUUUAGCACUCUGAAAAUAUACUCAGUAUUACAGGACUCUAAAAUUGAAGGACUGGAUGAUGUGGUCACUAAGUACCAGAACAUCAUUACAACCAUAAAGAAAAAGGAAUAUGAUUUCUUAGACCAAAGGAAAAUGGAUUUUGACCAGGAUUAUGAAGAAUUUUGCAAGCAGACUAAUGACCUUCAUAAUGACUUACAGAAGUUCAUGGAUGUUACAUUUGAAAAGAUUCAAGACACAAAUCAAGCUCUAAGUCUGUUAAAAAAAUUUGAAAGAUUGAGUAUACCUAAUCUGGAUAUUGAUGAGAGAUACUGGCUGGUCCUUGAGAACUAUGGGGCCGACAUUGAUAUGAUUUCAAAGCUGUACAUGAAGCAGAAAUAUGACCCUCCUCUGGCUCGAGAUCAGCCUCCCAUCGCUGGGAAGAUCUUGUGGGCUCGCCAGCUCUUCCACAGGAUCCAGCAACCCAUGCAGCAAUUCCAGCAGCACCCGAUGGUGCUGAGGAUGCCCGAGGCGAAGCCCAUAAUUCGCAGUUACAACAGGGUGGCCAGGGUCCUCCUGGAGUUCGAGGUUCUUUACCACAGGGCAUGGCUUCAACAGAUCGAAGGCAUUCACGUGGGUCUUGAGGCUUCUUUAUUGGUGAAGGCUCCAGACACAGGGGAAUUGUUUGUGAACUUUGAUCCUCAGAUAUUCAUCUUAUUUAGAGAAACAGAGUGCAUGUCACAAAUGGGACUGGAAGUCUCACCAUUUGCAGCUGCCCUCUUCCAGAAACGGCAUAUAUACAAAAAGAACUUCAGCAACAUGAAGAUGAUGCUGGCUGAAUACCAGAGAGUGAAGUCAAAAAUACCUGCUACUAUUGAGCAACUGAUGGUCCCUCAUUUGGCUAAAGUGGAUGAAGCCCUCCAGCCUGGCUUGGCUGCCCUGACCUGGACAUCGCUGAAUAUUGAGUCGUAUUUAGAAAACACUUUUGCAAAGAUCAAGGACCUAGAGCUGCUGCUUCACCGGGUCAGCGAUUUGAUUGAGUUCCGCAUCGAUGCCGUCCUGGAGGAAAUGAGCAGCCUUCCCCUCUGUCAGCUCCCCAGGGAGGAGCCACUCGCCUGUGAAGAGUUUCUCCAAAUGACAAAGGACCUUUGUGUAAACGGUGCUCAGAUACUACACUUUAAAAGCUCCUUAGUGGAGGAAGCAGUCAAUGAACUAAUAAAUAUGCUGCUGGAUGUGGAAGAAAAUGAAAAAGUAUCCAAUGAGAAUAAUGCUGAUUCAGAAAACAGAGCUCCAGCAAAAAGGGCAGAAGGAGAUUUGAAUGCCUUGACACCUUCCACUAAUUCUGGGGCUGGCCCCAUGCCCUCGACAGCAAGCACAAGGAAGAAGAAGGAGACUGAGAUGUUAGAGGAAGAAGCCUGCGAGUUGCUCUCUCAUUUCAACCAUCGGAACACAGAUGCUCUUCUUAGAGUUACAAGGAAUACACUGGAGGCCAUUCGCAAGCGCAUCUAUUCCUCCCACUCAGUUAACUUCCUGGAUAGCAAUGGUGCAUUGAAGAUGAAGCAGAACACACUGCCUAUUUUCCGGGCAGGCAUGACCUUGGCUAUUCCCAACAUUGCCAUGGUGCCUGCACUGGAGGAUGUACAGCAGACGUUGAACAAAGCUGUGGAUUGUAUCGUUGGUGUCCCCAAGGGGGUCAGACAGUGGAGCAGCGAGCCAGAGUCCAAGAAAAAGAUGCAUGAAAGAAAAAUGGCUGCUCUGUGUAAAAAUGAAGACAGUGAUUCUGAAAUGGGAGAAAAUGAACUUCAAGAUACCUUGGAGGUGGCAUCAGUGAACUUACCCAUCCCUGUGCAAACCAAGAACUAUUAUAAGAGUGUUUCUGACAACAAAGAGAUUGUGAAAUUAGUGUCUGUGCUUAGCACCAUCAUCAGUUCUACCAGAAAGGAAGUUAUUGCAGCCAUGGAUUGCUUCAAACGCUAUAAUCAUAUUUGGCAAAAGGAAAAAGAAGAAACCAUUAUGACGUUUAUUGUACAAAACCCUUUGCUUUCUGAAUUUGAGUCCCAGAUUCUUUACUACCAAAACCUGGAACAGGAAAUUAAUGCUGAGCCUGAGUAUAUCUGUGUGGGUCCCAUUGCACUGUACACAGCUGACUUGAAAUUUGCCCUGACUACUGAGAUCAAAGCCUGGAUGGUUGUCAUUGGCCGCCACUGUAACAAAAAAUACAGGAGUGAGAUGGAAAACAUUUUUACCCUUGUCGAAGAAUUCAGUAAGAAACUGAACCGCCCAAUUAAGGAUCUAGAUGAUAUUCGGAUUGCAAUGGCUGCACUGAAAGAAAUCAGGGACCAGCAAAUCCUCGUGGAUUUUCAAGUUGGACCCAUUGAGGAAUCUUAUGCCCUGCUUAACAAAUAUGGACUUCUGAUAGCAAAGGAAGAGAUGGACGAAGUGGACACGCUGCGCUAUGCUUGGGAGAAGCUGCUGGCAAGGGCCAGUGAGGUGCACAAUGAAUUAGUGUCCCUGCAGCCCGCUUUCAGGAAGGAGCUUAUUGGUACCGUGGGGAUUUUCCUCCAAGACUGUCGCCAGUUUUACCUGGACUAUGAUUUGAAUGGUCCAAUGGCAAGUGGCUUGAGUCCCCAGGAAGCCAGUGAUAGGCUUAUGAUGUUUCAGAAUCAAUUUGAUAAUAUCUAUCGGAAAUACAUCACCUAUACUGGAGGAGAGGAACUUUUUGGUCUGCCCGUGACCCAGUAUCCCCAGCUUCUUGAAAUAAAGAAACAGUUAAAUCUUCUUCAGAAAAUAUACACGCUGUACAACAGGGUCCUAGAGACUGUAAAUAGUUAUCAAGAUACGCUUUGGUCAGAAGUGAAUAUUGAAAACAUCAACAGCGAACUCUUAGAAUUGCAGAACAGGUGUCGGAAGCUGCCCCGGGCGUUGAAAGACUGGCAGGCUUAUUUGGAUUUGAAGAAGACCAUUGAUGAUUUCAGCGAGUGCUGCCCCCUGCUGGAAUACAUGGCCAGCAAAGCCAUGAUGGAUAGGCACUGGGAGAGGAUCACCGUUCUCACCGGGCACAGUCUGGACGUGGGGAGCGAAACCUUCAAGUUAAGGAAUAUUAUGGAGGCACCUCUUCUGAAAUACAAAGAGGAAAUAGAGGACAUCUGCAUCAGUGCGGUCAAAGAGCGAGACAUUGAACAAAAGCUGAAGCAAGUGAUUAAUGAAUGGGACAGCAAAACCUUCACAUUUGGCACCUUUAAAACCCGUGGAGAACUCCUCCUGCGAGGAGACAGCACCUCAGAAAUCAUUGCCAACAUGGAGGACAGCUUGAUGUUGCUGGGUUCCCUCCUGAGCAACAGAUACAACAUGCCAUUCAAAGCCCAGAUUCAGAAAUGGGUGCAGUACCUUUCCAACUCGACUGACAUUGUGGAGAACUGGAUGACUGUGCAGAACUUGUGGGUUUAUCUGGAAGCCGUCUUCGUGGGGGGAGACAUUGCCAAGCAGCUGCCCAAGGAAGCCAAGCGCUUUUCCAAUAUAGAUAAAUCUUGGGUGAAGAUCAUGACUCGGGCCCACGAAAUGCCCAGCGUGGUCCAGUGCUGUGUGGGAGAUGAGGUGAUGGGGCGGCUGUUACCACACUUGCUGGACCAAUUGGAAAUAUGCCAGAAGUCCCUCACUGGGUACUUGGAGAAGAAGCGGCUGUGCUUCCCUCGAUUCUUCUUCGUCUCGGAUCCUGCUCUCCUGGAGAUCCUGGGGCAGGCGUCCGACUCCCACACGAUACAAGCCCACUUGCUGACUGUGUUCGACAACAUUAAAACCGUCAGGUUCCAUGACAAGAUCUAUGAUCGGAUUCUGUCUGUUUCCUCUCGAGAGGGUGAGACAAUUGAACUGAACAGCCCUGUGAUGGCAGAGGGUAAUGUGGAGGUCUGGCUGAAUUCUCUCUUGGAGGAAUCUCAGUACUCACUACAUCGUGUAAUUCGCCAAGCAGCUGAAAAUAUUCAAGAAACAGGUUUCCAACUGAUUGAAUUUCUUUCUUCUUUCCCUGCUCAGGUUGGCUUAUUGGGCAUUCAAAUGAUAUGGACGCGGGAUGCUGAAGAAGCCCUUAGAAAUGCCAAAUUUGAUAAAAAGAUCAUGCAGAAAACCAACCAGUCUUUCCUGGAGCUCCUUAACACACUAAUAGACAUCACCACAAAGGAUCUGAGCUCCGUGGAACGUGUUAAAUAUGAGACUUUGAUUACAAUUCACGUGCACCAGAGAGAUAUCUUUGAUGACCUGUGUCAUAUGCACAUCAAGAGCCCCACGGACUUUGAGUGGCUGAAACAGUGCAGAUUUUAUUUUAAUGAAGAUUCUGACAAGAUGAUGAUCCACAUCACAGAUGUGGCUUUUAUAUACCAGAAUGAAUUUUUAGGCUGCUCUGACAGGCUUGUCAUAACUCCGCUCACAGACAGGUGUUACAUCACCUUGGCCCAAGCCCUGGGCAUGAGCAUGGGCGGCGCCCCUGCUGGGCCUGCGGGGACAGGCAAGACCGAAACCACCAAAGAUAUGGGGCGAUGUCUCGGGAAGUAUGUUGUGGUUUUCAAUUGUUCAGACCAGAUGGAUUUCAGAGGACUUGGACGGAUAUUUAAAGGAUUGGCGCAGUCUGGAUCCUGGGGUUGUUUUGAUGAAUUUAACCGCAUUGAUCUCCCAGUUCUCUCAGUCGCAGCUCAGCAAAUUUCCAUCAUUCUCACAUGUAAAAAAGAGCAUAAAAAAUCUUUUAUAUUUACUGAUGGUGAUAAUGUGACUAUGAACCCCGAAUUUGGACUUUUUCUAACCAUGAACCCUGGCUAUGCUGGGAGGCAGGAACUCCCUGAAAACUUGAAGAUUAACUUCCGCUCUGUGGCCAUGAUGGUCCCAGACCGACAGAUUAUCAUAAGGGUGAAGCUAGCCAGUUGCGGCUUCAUUGACAACAUUGUCCUGGCCAGGAAGUUUUUCACGCUGUACAAGCUGUGUGAGGAGCAGCUUUCCAAGCAGGUCCAUUAUGACUUUGGUCUACGCAACAUUCUUUCAGUUCUGCGGACACUGGGGGCUGCAAAGAGAGCCAACCCCACAGAUACAGAAUCCACCAUCGUCAUGCGAGUGCUACGAGACAUGAAUCUUUCCAAACUGAUUGAUGAGGAUGAACCCUUAUUUUUAAGUUUGAUUGAAGAUCUCUUCCCAAACAUACUUCUGGACAAGGCAGGUUACCCUGAACUGGAAACGGCAAUUAGUAAACAGGUUGAAGAAGCUGGCUUGGUCAACCACCCCCCUUGGAAACUGAAGGUCAUCCAGCUGUUUGAGACACAGCGGGUGAGGCACGGAAUGAUGACCCUGGGGCCCAGCGGAGCGGGGAAGACCACCUGCAUCCACACCUUGAUGAAGGCCAUGUCAGAUUGUGGAAAACCACACCGGGAAAUGAGGAUGAAUCCCAAAGCAAUCACUGCCCCACAGAUGUUCGGGCGGCUGGACGUGGCCACAAAUGACUGGACUGAUGGGAUAUUUUCUACCCUUUGGAGGAAAACUCUGAGAGCUAAGAAAGGGGAACAUAUCUGGAUAGUUCUUGAUGGUCCAGUUGAUGCCAUCUGGAUUGAAAAUCUGAAUUCUGUUUUGGAUGAUAAUAAAACCCUAACUCUUGCCAAUGGUGAUCGGAUUCCUAUGGCUCCAAACUGCAAAAUCAUUUUUGAACCUCAUAACAUUGACAAUGCUUCUCCUGCUACCGUCUCAAGAAAUGGAAUGGUCUUCAUGAGUUCUUCUAUCCUUGAUUGGAGUCCUAUUCUUGAGGGUUUUCUUAAGAAACGCUCCCCUCAAGAAGCUGAAGCCCUGCGCCAGCUCUAUACCGAGUUCUUCCCGGACCUGUAUCGCUUCAGCGUUCAGAACUUGGAGUGCAAGAUGGAGCUGCUGGAGGCCUUUGUGAUCACGCAGAGCAUCAACAUGCUGCAGGGCCUCAUCCCUCCCAAGGAGCAGGGUGCGGAGGUCGGGCCCGAGCACCUGGCCAGGCUGCUGGUCUUCGCCCUGCUGUGGAGCGUGGGGGCCGCACUGUGGCUGCGCUCUGGGCGUGCACAGCCCGCGCACCUGCCGCCGCUGGACGAGCCCGGAAACUCCGCCUUCGACUACUUCGUGGGGCCCGACGGCACCUGGCUGCACUGGAACACUCGCAUCCAGGAGUAUGUAUAUCCACCUGACGCCACGCCGGAGUACGGCUCCAUCCUGGUGCCAAAUGUUGACAACGUGAGGACCGACUUUCUAAUUAAGACCAUUGCUAAGCAGGGCAAGGCAGUGCUGUUGAUUGGUGAACAAGGAACAGCCAAAACAGUCAUCAUCAAAGGAUUCAUGUCAAAGUAUGAUCCUGAAAGUCACAUGAUCAAAAGUUUGAACUUCUCUUCUGCAACCACCCCAUUGAUGUUUCAGAGGACAAUAGAGAGUUAUGUGGAUAAACGCAUGGGUACAACAUAUGGCCCUCCUGCAGGAAAGAAGAUGACUAUUUUUAUUGAUGAUGUGAAUAUGCCAAUAAUCAAUGAAUGGGGAGAUCAGGUUACCAAUGAGAUCGUCCGGCAGCUGAUGGAACAGAAUGGAUUCUAUAACCUGGAGAAGCCUGGGGAAUUCACCAGCAUUGUGGACGUCCAGUUCCUGGCUGCCAUGACCCACCCCGGUGGUGGACGCAAUGACAUCCCGCAGAGACUGAAGAGGCAGUUCUCUGUCUUUAACUGCACCCUGCCCUCGGAGGCUUCCAUGGACAAGAUCUUUGGUGUGAUCGGAGCAGGCUACUACUGCACCCAGAGGGGUUUCUCAGAGGAAGUGAGAAAUUUGGUGAUGAAACUGGUGCCUCUCACACGCCGACUAUGGCAGAUGACCAAGAUUAAAAUGCUCCCUACACCUGCAAAAUUCCAUUAUGUAUUUAACCUUCGAGAUCUUUCUAGGAUCUGGCAGGGGAUGUUGAAAAGUACUUCAGAGGUCAUCAAACAACCAGAUGAGCUGUUAAAGCUGUGGAAACACGAAUGUAAACGUGUGGUAGCCGAUCGCUUCACUGCGUCUGAAGAUGUGACCUGGUUUGAUCAGACUUUAGUAAGUUUGGUAGAGGAAGAGUUCGGUGAAGAGAAAAAACCGUUGGUGGAUUAUGGAAUCGAUGCUUAUUUUGUGGAUUUCUUGCGGGAUGCACCUGAAGCUAUAGGUGAAACUUCUGAGGGAGCUGAUGCUGAAAUGCCCAAAAUUUAUGAGCCAAUUGACUCUUUCAGUCACCUGAAAGAGCGUUUGAACACGUUCCUGCAGCUGUACAAUGAGAGUGUCCGCGGCGCUGGCAUGGACAUGGUCUUCUUUGAAGACGCCAUGGUUCACUUAGUCAAGAUCUCUCGAGUCAUUCGUACUCCGCGGGGAAAUGCCCUCCUUGUUGGAGUGGGCGGGUCAGGAAAGCAGAGCCUAACAAGGUUGGCGUCUUUCAUUGCUGGCCAUACUUCCUUCCAGAUCACACUAACAAGAUCCUACAACACAUCGAAUCUGAUGGACGACCUGAAAGUUUUGUAUAGAACAGCUGGGCAGCAGGGCAAAGGAAUCACUUUUAUUUUCACAGACAAUGAGAUUAAAGAUGAGUCAUUCUUGGAAUACAUGAACAACGUUUUGUCAUCAGGCGAGGUCUCCAACCUAUUUGCUCGUGAUGAAAUUGAUGAAAUUAAUAGUGAUCUGACAUCAGUCAUGAAGAAGGAACACCCCAGGCACCCUCCUACUAACGAGAACUUGUAUGACUACUUCAUGGGCCGGGUCCGAAGGAAUCUCCACAUCGUGCUCUGCUUUUCUCCUGUCGGGGAGAAAUUUCGAACUCGAGCUUUGAAGUUCCCUGCCCUUAUUUCAGGGUGCACGAUCGACUGGUUCAGCCGGUGGCCUAAGGACGCCUUAGUCGCUGUGUCCGAACACUUCCUCUCUUCCUAUGAUAUUGACUGUAGUUUGGAAACCAAGAAGGAGGUGGUCCAAUGCAUGGGCUCUUUCCAGGAUGGUGUGGCUGAGAAGUCUGUGGAUUAUUUCCAGAGAUUCAGGCGUUCCACCCAUGUGACUCCCAAAUCAUACCUCUCCUUUAUUCAGGGCUACAAGUUCAUAUACGGGGAGAAGCAUUUAGAAGUGCAGACCUUGGCCAACAGAAUGAAUACUGGACUGGAAAAACUAAAAGAAGCUUCAGAAUCAGUGGCAGCCCUGAGCAAAGAACUGGAAGUAAAGGAAAAGGAGUUGCAAGUGGCCAAUGAUAAAGCUGACAUGGUCUUAAAGGAAGUGACAAUGAAAGCACAGGCUGCUGAAAAAGUCAAGGCUGAGGUGCAGAAGGUGAAGGACAAAGCCCAGGUCAUUGUAGACAGCAUCUCGAAAGACAAAGCUAUUGCUGAAGAGAAACUAGAAGCAGCAAAGCCAGCUUUAGAAGAAGCAGAAGUCGCACUGCAGACCAUCAAGCCCUCUGACAUUGCCACCGUCCGCACGCUAGGCAGACCCCCUCACCUCAUCAUGCGGAUCAUGGAUUGCGUGCUGCUGCUGUUUCAAAGGAAGGUCAACGUGGUUAAAAUUGACCUGGAGAAAAGCUGCACCAUACCCUCCUGGCAGGAAUCUUUAAAACUCAUGACUGCGGGGAACUUUUUACAGAACUUACAGCAAUUCCCAAAAGACACAAUCAACGAAGAAGUGAUAGAAUUUUUGGGUCCUUACUUUGAAAUGCCGGACUACAACAUUGAAACUGCUAAACGCGUGUGUGGGAAUGUGGCUGGGCUUUGUUCCUGGACCAAAGCCAUGGCUUCCUUCUUUUCUAUAAACAAAGAGGUGCUGCCUCUGAAGGCUAACUUGGUGGUGCAGGAGAAUCGUCACGUCCUAGCCAUGCAGGAUCUGCAGAAAGCCCAGGCUGAGCUGGAUGCAAAGCAAGCGGAGCUUGAUGUGGUACAGGCUGAGUAUGAACAGGCCGUGGCAGAGAAGCAGGCCCUUCUUGGAGACGCAGAGCGGUGCCGGCGUAAGAUGCAGACAGCCUCCACGCUCAUCAGUGGCUUGGCAGGGGAAAAGGAGAGAUGGACUGAGCAGAGCAAAGAAUUUGCUGCGCAGACCAAAAGGCUUGUAGGGGAUGUAUUGUUGGCUACAGCUUUUCUGUCUUAUUCGGGUCCAUUUAACCAAGAGUUUCGAGAUCUGUUGUUAAACGACUGGAAGAAGGAAAUGAAAGCUCGGAACAUUCCAUUUGGAAACAAUUUCAAUCUCAGUGAGAUGUUGAUUGAUGCUCCUACUAUUAGUGAGUGGAACCUCCAAGGUCUGCCUAAUGAUGACCUGUCCAUUCAGAAUGGAAUUAUUGUCACAAAGGCAUCUCGCUACCCAUUGCUAAUCGAUCCACAGACUCAAGGCAAGAUCUGGAUUAAAAAUAAAGAAAGUCAAAAUGAACUCCAGAUCACAUCUCUAAAUCACAAGUACUUCAGAAACCACCUGGAGGACAGCCUUUCUCUUGGAAGACCCUUGCUUAUUGAAGACAUCGGGGAGGAGCUAGACCCAGCUCUGGAUAAUGUUUUGGAAAGAAACUUCAUUAAAACUGGAUGUACCUUUAAGGUGAAAGUGGGUGACAAGGAAGUGGAUGUUAUGGAUGGCUUCAGACUCUAUAUUACUACCAAACUGCCCAAUCCAGCCUACACUCCUGAAAUCAGUGCACGGACCUCCAUCAUUGACUUCACCGUCACCAUCAAAGGUCUGGAAGAUCAACUACUGGGAAGAGUCAUUCUCACAGAGAAGCAGGAAUUAGAGAAAGAAAGAACUCAUUUGAUGGAAGAUGUAACCGCAAACGAAAGGAGGAUGAAGGAACUAGAAGAUAAUUUGCUUUACCGUCUGACAAGCACUCAAGGGUCCCUGGUGGAAGACGAGAGUCUAAUUGUUGUACUGAGUAACACCAAAAAGACAGCGGAAGAAGUGACGCAGAAGCUGGAAAUUUCUGCGGAGACAGAAAUUCAAAUUAACUCCGCCCGGGAGGAAUACAGACCUGUUGCAACGCGGGGCAGCAUCCUCUACUUCCUCAUCACUGAGAUGCGCUUGGUUAAUGAGAUGUAUCAGACUUCGCUUCGCCAGUUUCUGGGCUUGUUUGAUCUCUCCUUAGCCAGGUCCAUCAAGAGUCCAAUCACAAGUAAGAGAAUUGCUAAUAUCAUUGAGCACAUGACCUAUGAGGUUUACAAGUGGGCCGCCCGAGGGCUGUAUGAGGAGCACAAAUUCCUGUUCACCUUGCUGCUAACCCUGAAGAUUGACAUCCAGAGGAACCGAAUCAAGCAUGAAGAGUUUCUCACUCUUAUUAAAGGUGGUGCCUCAUUGGACCUCAAAGCCUGUCCUCCUAAACCAGCAAAAUGGAUCCUGGAUAUGACUUGGCUGAAUUUGGUAGAACUUAGCAAACUUAGGCAGUUUUCAGAUGUCCUUGAUCAGAUAUCAAGAAAUGAGAAAAUGUGGAAAAGUUGGUUUGAUAAAGAGAACCCAGAGGAGGAGCCUCUUCCAAAUGCCUAUGACAAAUCUCUUGACUGUUUCCGAUGUCUUCUCCUUAUUAGAUCCUGGUGUCCUGACAGGACCAUUGCCCAGGCCCGCAAGUAUAUCAUGGACUCUAUGGGGGAAAAAUAUGCAGAAGGAGUUAUUCUGGACUUGGAAAAGACAUGGGAGGAGUCAGACCCACGGACACCACUCAUCUGCCUCUUAUCAAUGGGCUCAGACCCCACAGAUUCCAUCAUUGCCUUGGGGAAGAGAUUAAAAAUAGAAACCCGAUAUGUGUCCAUGGGCCAAGGCCAGGAUGUCCACGCUCGAAAACUAUUGCAACAGAGCAUGGCAAAUGGAGGAUGGGCACUCUUACAGAACUGCCACCUGGGGCUUGAUUUCCUGGAUGAAUUAAUGGACACAGUUACAGAAACCGAGACUGUACAUGAUGCUUUCCGCCUGUGGAUGACCACCGAGGUCCACGCGCAGUUUCCCAUUGCCCUCCUUCAGAUGUCCAUUAAGUUUGCCAAUGAGCCUCCACAGGGCCUCCGGGCGGGGCUGAAACGAACCUACGGUGGCAUGAGCCAGGACCUGCUGGAGGCGAGUGCCGGGGUGCAGUGGAAGCCCGUACUGUAUGCAGUGGCUUUCUUGCACUCCACAGUCCAGGAGAGGCGCAAGUUUGGUCCCCUGGGGUGGAAUAUCCCCUAUGAAUUUAAUCAAGCAGACUUCAAUGCCACAGUGCAGUUCAUCCAAAACCACUUAGAUGACAUGGAUAUCAAAAAGGGCAUCUCCUGGACCACUGUCCGCUACAUGAUCGGCGAGAUUCAAUAUGGCGGUAGAGUCACGGACGACUAUGACAAGAGGUUGUUGAACACAUUUGCCAAGGUUUGGUUCAGUGAGAACAUAUUUGGGCCUGAUUUCAGCUUUUACCAAGGGUACCACAUUCCGAAAGGCACCACAGUGGACCACUAUCUUCAAUAUGUCCAGGGUCUGCCGGCCUACGACAGUCCCGAGGUGUUUGGGCUGCACCCCAACGCCGACAUAACCUACCAGAGCAAGCUGGCCAAGGACGUGCUGGAUACCAUCCUGGGCGUGCAGCCUAAGGACAGCUCGGGGGGAGGAGCUGAGACCCGGGAGGCCGUGGUGGCCCGGCUGGCUGAAGACAUGCUGGAGAAGCUGCCCCCGGACUACAGCCCCUUUGAAGUGAAAGAGAGGCUGCAGAAGAUGGGGCUGUUCCAGCCGAUGAACAUUUUCCUCAGACAGGAGAUAGACCGGAUGCAGAGGGUACUCAGCCUUGUCCGCAGCACCCUGACCGAGCUGAAACUUGCUAUCGAUGGCACCAUCAUCAUGAGUGAAAAUCUGCGCGAUGCACUGGAUUGUAUGUUUGAUGCCAGGAUCCCCGCUCGCUGGAAAAAAGCAUCGUGGGUUUCAAGCACGCUUGGUUUCUGGUUUACUGAACUCCUAGAAAGGAACUGCCAGUUUACCUCCUGGAUCUUUAAUGGCCGACCCCACUGCUUUUGGAUGACAGGCUUUUUUAACUCCCAAGGCUUUUUAACUGCAAUGCGACAGGAAAUAACUCGGGCCAACAAAGGCUGGGCUCUGGACAAUAUGGUCCUUUGUAAUGAAGUCACCAAGUGGAUGAAGGAUGAUAUUUCCUCCCCUCCCACAGAGGGCGUCUAUGUGUACGGCUUGUACCUGGAAGGCGCUGGGUGGGACCGGAAGAACAUGAGACUCACUGAAUCAAAACCCAAAGUGCUCUUUGAGUUGAUGCCUGUCAUAAGGAUUUAUGCAGAAAACAACACCCCAAGAGAUCCUCGGUUUUACUCUUGCCCGAUUUACAAGAAGCCAGUUCGAACGGACUUGAACUACGUCGCUGCUGUGGACCUCAGGACCGUCCAGGCCCCAGAACACUGGGUGCUCCGUGGGGUUGCCCUUCUUUGUGACGUCAAGUGAUGUAGGAAUGUACCACAUGUAAUGACCUGGAAAAUGCAAGGUCCAAGUUAUUACUAUCUUUAUUUCUCUAUGAGUGCUGAACAGUGUGAAUGUUAGCACACAGUGAACCAGCUCAGUAUCAGCAAGGAUAUGGCCCCAUCAGGGGACUGAGCAGAGCCAAGUCCUGGUGUUCCUGAGCAGCUCCUUUACCCUAGAUGCUGUUUGCCUGCAGAGAAAACAAAUAUACAACCAGCAAAAAAUCUAACAGAGGAGCCCAUUCUACUGCAAGAGGGGAGAGAACUACUUGUCAUCUAUGAAGGGAUCUGCAAGGGCUCUGUGACUGACUGUCUCUUAAUAAGAUAUGGCUACCAUUUUAAAUUAAUUUUCAGGAUGUGAUUUUAGGUGUGAUGUCUCUAUGUGAAAUAGGCAUUUUCACCACUCUAUCUGAACACUGAAAAUUGCUUUCUUUGC